AUGGAAUCUUGCCAAGCUGUUGAGGCUGAUAUUGACAAAUUAAUUGCCAAAUAUAAUAAAUAUGGUCCAAAAUGGCAAUUCCAAUUACACAGAUUUAUUUCAACUUUAGAACGGUACAAACGAGAAAUUGAAAGUCAAAGUUCUGAAAUAGACAAAUGUGGACUUUCUUCAACAAUUUUACAAAUGAAACUUGCCAUUAAAGAUAUUUCAAAUGAACAUAGAAGAUGGGACUCAAAAUGGGAAGUUGCUGAAGAAUUUUUAAAAGAAGCUGGUAUCACAGUUGACGAUAAACAAAAACAACGUUAUUUAAAUUUGAAUCAUAUUGUUGAUAGUUUGAGACAAAAAGAUCCUAUGCCAGCCUUUGAAUGGGUAUAUCAAAACAAAAUUCAACUGGAUGCCAAAAAAUCAGAUCUAGAAUUUAAAUUGCACCAAAUUGUGUUUUUAGAUAUUCUUAAUCGUGGUGAUCAGUAUGAAGCAGUAGUUUAUGCUCGCACAAAUUUCAGUCGUUUUAUUGACAAACAGAAGGAAAUUCAAUCCACAAUGGGUAUGUUAUUAUAUCCACCUAAUGUUGCACAAAUGCGUACUGAAGUUAUUGACCUGUUUAUAAAAGAUUCUUGUCUAAGUGAUGAUGAUAUGUUGAGUGUAUGUGUGAAUGUGGGUUGCUCAGCUUUACCAGCUUUAUUGGAUAUUAAACAAGCGAUUUGUCGAGAUGUUGGAGGAGUUUGGAAUGAAAAUGACGAAUUGCCAAUCAAAAUAGAUACUGGUUUUGCGUAUCAUUCGGUAUUUGCUUGUCCAAUAUUAAGAACAAGAAGUGGAACAUCUAAUCCGCCUAUGAUGUUAGUAUGUGGCCAUGUAAUAUCAAAAGAUGCGCUUAAUAAGUUGGAACGAUCAGGUAGAUUAAAGUGUCCAUAUUGUCCUAAAGAACAACUUCCAUCAGAAGCUAGAACUAUAAAUUUCUAA